CAGCCGACAGUGCUUGUCGUAGGUUCGGUCGAAUCGGACGCAAUCAUCGACCCGGCGAAAUCGGCGAAAUCGUAAAGCUCGGGCGUAAAACUUAGGGGUGUACCAUUGGGUGACAUUAGUUCGCGAUAUGUGCCCCAAAGUAUCAAUUGAGAUAGUGUGUGAAGGAAAAGAAAUAGUUCAAUAAUUUCAACAAUUAAUUUCGAGUAUACGUGUGCAUGUGUUUUUUGUGGCCCUAUCUGUCCCAAAUAAAGCAAGGAAGUGCGUUAAGGUGUGUGAGGAAGUGUGCCCAGGCCCCAGCUUAAAUCAUUCAAUGAAGUGAGUGGGAAAGUGAAGUGAAGAUAAAAAAAAAACACAUUAAGAUUAUAAGGCCAAAAAGGGAGGCGCUUUGUUGGGUGCGCAGCAGAAGAACGAGAAUAAUGUUUUCUCCAGAGGAUACCGAAUAGCUGUUUAGAGAGGGGGCUGGUGGACGGUGAACGGCUCCCCACACCCGAAGGACGGUGAUAUACCUUGAGCAGUGAACGGCAGCGAAGAAGAUGUUAUUCGAUUAAAUCGAGCGGAAAGUGAUUUGAUAAAGCCAGUCACGGGAGAGCGGCAACAGCGGAAGCGACCAACAAGACCAGUGCUAAAAAAAAAUGGGUAGAAAAUUUUCACGUACCGAAUAAAAUCUGUUUCCAGAAGGGAAAGAUUUUCCACCAGCUCAGUGUGAAAAGGACAUCAUCCGCAGACAGUCUGGUCAGGAGAGUGUAGUGCGAGCAGAGUUGCUCUAAUUGCCAAACCGGAAGGACUUCAUUACUGUCGGCAGAGUUCUUGGCAGCGAGCCUUUCUCGGACUUUCUUCCAUCGACGCAUUCAAUCAAAAACAUUCCGUGACUCCCGUUCCACCACCAUCAAACAGCAAAGCUUCUCCUGGUGACCACCAAUCUCGCUCGCAACCACACAUCAAACGGGUUUGUCGAGCAUUGAGCAGCCAAACCGCAAAUGAAACCGUUCGCACGUGCUGCACACCACAAACCGGUGCAUAAUUAUCGGUUCCAUUCAUAUGUGCGCUUGUGCCUGCUUUAUGUGGUUACAGCACCGAUCGAAAGUGAAACACGGUGACUGACACCUGUGCUGCGAGUGUUUUCUGAACCAGUAUGCAACUGUGCGGUGCUUUGUUUUAAUUUUUAUGCCGUGAAUCAACACCACAGCCGGAGUGGAAGUAAUUGUAGCUAAAGCGUGACCAGUGCAGUUAGUGUGCAAAACAGUGGUUGCAACGAUUCUACCGAAAAUUACGUAGUUACUAUAGUGUUACAGCUCGUUCAUCACAACGCUAAAGAACCAUAAUGAAUUUCAACAUAUCCACCCAUGGGUCAGCACUACUCCUCGUGCUGACCGUCCUGCUCUUUGGAACGAUACCAGCCUACGCCAGAAAGUGUCCCGACGAUUGCCACUGUGAUCUUGACCUGAAGGGACGGUUCCGGACCGUCUGCAACAAAGUGGAGUGGAUAAAUCCUCCAUUGCCCUCCUUCGAACCGGACAUCGAGGUGCUUGUCAUCUCGAACACGCGCCAUCCAAUCAACGUGGGACCACAGUUCCAGUACUUCAAAAAGCUGGAAAUAUUACGCAUCAUCGAUGCAAACGUACCUUCGGUUGGCGAUCGGUCGUUCUGGGGCUUGGUGCGGCUGAAGACGAUUGAUCUGUCGCGCAACAACAUUACCCAGCUGGCGAUGGAGAACUUCCGCGGGCAGGAUAAUUUGAUCGAGCUGGAUCUAUCGCGCAACCGGCUGGACAAUAUCGCUAGUGGAACGUUUGCUCAUUUGAAGGAGCUUAAAACUCUACACUUGAUAGACAAUUCCAUUACCGAGUUCAAUCAACGGUUGUUUCUGCAUCUCGCCAAGCUAAAACAUCUGGACCUUAGCUACAAUUCCAUCGACGAUCUGCCACCGGAAGUGUUCAAAGAUGUACAGGAUUUAAAAAUACUACGAGUGCGAGGAUGUCGCCUGUCCAACAUCAAUCCCCAAAUAUACAAUAUCCUAUCCCAUCUGACGGAGCUGGAUCUGGGACAGAACCAGAUCAAAUUUCUUGACAAAGAAGAAUUCAAAGACCUGCGGCAUCUGCAAACACUGCGCCUCGACGGCAACCAGCUGUCGGUGAUCAUCGAUGAAUUAUUCAUACACCAGAAAGGACUAACACUGUUGGACAUUUCCCGCAACCGGUUGGCCAAGAUUGCUGACCGAGCGUUCGAGAAUCUUGCCAACCUUACCUUUCUGGAUGCAUCGUACAACAAGCUGUCCCACAUUGAGCCGGUCUGCUUUCGGCCACUUCGCAACCUGCAGACGCUCAACAUUAGCGGCAAUAUACAGCUGGAUCUGGGCGAAAUGGAAGAUACGAUAAAUGUUAUAAAAAACAUCACCGGCCUGAUGGUGGCCGAUAUGGGCACACUACCACUGAACCUGUUCAGUCCAUUUCGGCACCUUAGCGCACUCAAUCUGUCCGGAAAUCAUAUCGAUAACUUCACGUUGCAAAUCAUCGAACCGCUGAACCAGCUGGAGUUUUUGGACCUCUCCCGGAAUCAGCUAAACGGCAUCCCGGAACGGUACGCAACCCAGCUAGCCCGGAUCGGCGACGUCAAGCUGGAAAAUAACCCACUGAUAUGCGACUGGUGUCACAUGGGACCGCUCAUAACGCAAACAAAAAAGCUCAAAGAAGGCCUUCGCUGGCAGGAACUUCCCCGAUGCUUCCUACCUGAACGAUUACGCGAGGUGCGCAUCGAUGGCCUCCACCAGGACGGGGUGGAGGAUUGCAUGGAGGUAAUUGUGGACGAGGAUCAUGAUGCCGCCAGCACGUCGCACAACUUUCUCGAGCAAGCGGGCAGUGUUAGCAUACUGGCUGCCUGUGGACUGAUAAUAUUCAUCAUACUCGCCAUCAUCGUCGUGUCCACGGCGCUCUGUCUCUCGAGGCACCGGGCGCGCUAUUACACGCACGAGGAUAAACGAGACACAAUCCUCGAGAAGAACGGCGAAACGCCGGUCAUAACGACGGGCAGCGAGAUCAACUUCAAGUUCCCGUACAACGAGCGUGUCUGCACGAUCGACGAAAUGUGCAUCCCACCCCCGCCACCACCACCCGGCAAGCUGGCCCCUGCCAGCAUCGAACGAUUCGAUUAACGAACGGAGCCAGCGAUCCGUAUCGGUGCGGAUGGACUGCUGCCGUCCAGCACGCCCGAUACGGUCGCCGAAACCGUCGCGCUGAUCGAGCUCCCCGCCAGCAAUGCUGGCGGUUCGCGGGACUCACUAUCCGUCACCGAUGGGCCAGUAACGCGAACCGUCACCAUCAGCAGCAUAUCGCAAUGUGCCGACGUACAGCCUGCGAGCGUACCGACGAGCAGCGGCUCCACCGCGAAACCCUUCACACCGAAGAGCAUCCUAAGAAAGCGUACUGAACCGGGACUCUAGGAUGGUGAACGGACGGAUGAAGUAAUUUCCCUUUUUCCUCUCCCACUGUAAAUAACUCCACCCAUCCGGAACGGUUCCUGCCGGUCCACCCGGAUGCGGUUUCGUGCGACAGGUGAAUUUUAUUCAUUAAGGAAGUAAGCCCUUACGCCCUUUUAUCUCUCCGUACGAUGAUACGAGAAAACACGUUUGAAAGUGGAUGAGGGCACGUGAUUAGUUAUUAAUUAAUAAUCGUGCGGGUUUUAACCGAUGAGGUUGACAGAUUAGAAAGAUUCAACGAACCGACGACAGGGUGAUGUGGUGUCGCCCUGCAAACAGGUGUGGCGUGACGUGUGCACGUUUUAUUGACGGUGAAUCCGAUUUGUACAUACUUCACAAUCACCACAGCAUAAACACACAUACAAACAAACACAGACACACACAUACAUACGCACUCUGUAUUUCCUCAGGAAAGAGAUUUGACGGUCUUGCGGGUACGGGUAUCAGGGGAGUUUUGUGUCGAAUAAUUCUUUUGUUAGCUGGCAAAAACCUACAUCGUCAGUUCCAGCUAACUGGAAAGCUUGUGCCGCUGAGCGUACGAUCCGCACUCGAGAUUAAUGAUGUUAGGUUUUGGGGAAAACCUGGUUAGAUUUCCCACUGCUCCAGUGCUAGUUGCGGCUCAACAGAUGCCCCGGGGGAGGGUCUCGUGCUCCGGCAAGCGCCGUUUGUUUAGGCCGUUCUACUCUCCAGCCGGCUCCUCCACGGCUCGAUGACACCGUGUCACGAUGACACAUCAUGAUGGGUUUAUAAUUUUACUACCAUCGCAUCCCCUACGUACUGAGGUUUGUGGGUUUGUGUCGGGAUUACAGCCUCGUUCACCUGGCAGGAAGCUGUAUCGUUGCACGACGAGAACAGAAACCGUAAUAACCUUUCCAUGCCAUCGUGAUCGGAUUUUAGCAGUAACAAAAGCCAAUUCCAGUUCGUCGAGAGCCUUUUUUCUGUACAUUCAAUGUGCCUGAUUUCUCUAUUCAACCACAAAAUUUGUAAUCGCCAGUUUGCUAAGCGUGUAAUAGAAUCUGUCAGCAGCAAAACUAGCGCAAAAAUAAUCACAAAGACAUGCACAUUCUUUUGAAAACGCAAUCAAUUUACGCAAUACGCUAUUGGACAGUAAAACGCAACGGCGUUGCAAUAACUAAAAACACCGAAAAGAUACAAUCAAUCCACAGCGAACCCUUUUAGGCCGCGGUAUGGAAAUAAAAUCCUACUCGAAGCCAAUUCACGCGUUGAUCUAUGAACAGGGA